AUGGCAAUCGCAGUAUCAAGUAGACAAUUAUUCAUAGAUGGAGAGUGGAGAACUCCUAUCCUCAACAAAAGGAUUCCAAUCAUCAAUUCUUCCACUGAAUACAUCAUAGGAGAUAUACCUGCUGCUACUAAGGAAGAUGUUGAUCUCGCUGUAGACGCUGCUAAAAGAGCCAUUUCCAGAAACAAGGGUAGAGAUUGGUCUACUGCUUCUGGCUCUCUUCGUGCUCGCUACCUUCGAGCCAUUGCUGCGAAGAUAAAAGAGAAAAAGAAUGAACUAGGGAAGCUAGAAUCAAUUGACUGUGGAAAACCGCUGGAUGAGGCACUAGCGGAUCUGGAUGAUGUUGUUGCUUGUUUUGAGUACUAUGCUGGGCUUGCUGAAGGGUUGGAUUCAAAGCAAAAGGCUCCUAUAUCUCUUCCUAUGGAUACCUUCAAAAGCUAUACUCUCAAGGAGCCUAUUGGUGUUGUUGCAUUAAUUACUGCAUGGAACUAUCCUCUCUUAAUGGCAACUUGGAAAGUUGCUCCGGCUCUGGCUGCUGGUUGUGCUGCAAUAUUGAAGCCGUCUGAAUUGGCAUCUGUGACCUGUUUGGAGUUAGGCGAAAUAUGCAAAGAAGUUGGGCUUCCUCCUGGUGUUUUAAAUAUUAUCACUGGAUUAGGCCAUGAAGCCGGGGCUUCUUUGGCAUCCCAUCCUGAUGUAGAUAAGAUUUCUUUUACUGGGAGCUCAGCAACUGGGAGCAAGAUUAUGACAACUGCGGCACAGUUAGUCAAGCCUGUUUCACUAGAGCUUGGUGGAAAGAGCCCGAUCGUUGUUUUUGAGGAUGUUGACCUUGAUAAGGUUGCAGAAUGGACUGUCUUGGGCUGUUUCUUUACUAAUGGCCAGAUAUGCAGCGCAACAUCUCGACUUAUUGUGCACGAAAGUAUAGCUGUAGAAUUUGUGAAUAAACUUGUCAAGUGGGCCGAAAACAUCAAAAUUUCGGAUCCGUUGGAAGAGGGUUGCAGGCUUGGACCUAUAGUCAGUGAAGCACAGUAUAAGAAAGUAUUGAAUUUGAUCUCAACGGCUAAGAGUGAGGGUGCAACAAUUUUGACCGGUGGGCGUCGACCCGAGCAUUUAAAGAAGGGAUAUUUUGUUGAACCAACCAUAAUAACCGACGUGACUACCUCAAUGCAAAUUUGGAGAGAAGAAGUCUUUGGACCUGUACUCGCCGUGAAAACAUUUAGCACCGAGGAAGAAGCUAUUGAUCUAGCAAAUGACACUCACUAUGGUUUGGGGUCUGCUGUAAUGUCAAAUGAUUUAGAAAGAUGCGAGCGUCUAUCUAAGGCUUUUCAAGCUGGAAUUGUAUGGAUUAAUUGUGCUCAGCCAAGCUUCAUUCAAGCUCCAUGGGGAGGCAUUAAACGUAGCGGCUUUGGCCGCGAAUUAGGAGAAUGGGGACUCGAGAACUACUUGAGCGUGAAGCAAGUUACUAGGUAUAUAUCGGAUGAGCCUUGGGGCUGGUAUCAAUCACCUUCAAAACUGUGA